UCCUGUCUGCUGGUCUCGGGGUACUUGCUCCCCCAGAGACCUGCCCCCCACCUGUGACCAGCACCAGCUGGGAGCCCCGGCUGGGGAUGUCAUUCCCAUCAGGUUCGGAAGCCCAAGCCACGGUGGAGGCCACAGGGCAGGGCCCCAAGAACCCACGUGUGUCCAGUGUGAUGGUACAACUGGAGAUGAAGCCCCUGUGGGAAGAAUUCAACCAGCUGGGCACGGAAAUGAUUGUCACCAAAGCGGGAAGGAGGAUGUUCCCCACCUUCCAGGUGAAGAUCUUGGGCAUGGACACGUUGGCUGACUAUGCUCUGCUCAUGGACUUCAUCCCUCUGGAUGACAAAAGAUACAGGUAUGCCUUCCACAGCUCUGCCUGGCUGGUGGCAGGCAAGGCCGAUCCUGCCACACCUGGCAGGGUGCACUUCCACCCUGACUCACCAGCCAAGGGCGCCCAGUGGAUGCGUCAGAUCGUGUCCUUUGACAAACUCAAGCUGACAAACAACCUGAUGGAUGACAACGGCCAUAUCAUUCUCAACUCCAUGCACCGUUACCAGCCCCGUUUCCAUGUGGUCUUUGUGGACCCACGCAAGGACAGCGCCCGCUACGCCCAGGAAAACUUCAAGUCGUUUGUCUUCACAGAGACCCAGUUCACAGCCGUGACAGCCUAUCAGAACCACCGGAUCACACAGCUGAAAAUUGCCAGCAACCCCUUUGCCAAAGGCUUCAGAGAGAGUGACCUGGACUCAUGGUACUGUCUCACACACAUCUUGCUCUAAGCCCAGCUCUGGCCCUAGGCUCCACCCAGGCAGCUCCUAAGGCCUUCACUCCCGACCUGUUUUCUCUGGUUUGCCAUGGGAUCCCCUAUCUGACUCUGACCAUAAUAUCUGGGGUGGAGGGUCCCCUUGACCUCCUACCCCAUUCCUGCUUGUCCUAUCUUCAGGCCUGUGUCCCC